AUAUAAUUUGGUUAUACAGAGAGUAUUUUCUUCCCAAGUGCAGAGUGACCACUUAAUUUCUAGGAAAAAAUUUUGUUAACGAUAAUCCAUGGCGAACUCCAAUAUGGGAGGCAAUACAGGUUGUUAUGAAAACGAGCAUUUCUUCUAUGAAGUCGAUCCAGACGUCUUUAGUUGUGAUGAAUUGAUCCCAAAUACAACGGACCCUAAGCAAAAUCCACAGCAAGUAUUUGAUCCAUCUGCAGGAACAAAUGAACUUUUUUCGAGCUUGUCGACAAAUGGAGGCGGACAGACUGGAUCCGGAGGAGCACGGUUGUGUCAACAGCAACAAUGUCAUCAACCGCUAGGCACAAAUGCACUUUUACAAGAUAUCUUGCUUACGUCGACGAUAAAUCAAGGGAGGCUGGCAUCUCCAGGAGCACAGCCAUGGCUACAGCAACAAUUAGGCCAACCUCCAGCCCCAGAAGGAUAUUUACAAGAGCCGUGGAUAAAUCAAGGGCAAGGCAUUCAGGCUGCUGCAGCAACAGAGUCGUUGAUCGCACAACAACAUUCAGGUCAAUCUUCGGUACCAUUCACUGGGGAUCCUCGUUCACAAAGAAAUAUUGUUAAAAUUAGUGCGCUAGAUUCUCUUGUCAAAAAAAGACGGUACGAUAAAACAUACAGAGAGAAAGUAAAGAAACAAAAACAGGACCUUGUCUAUGAAAAUGGAAGAUUGAAGCUUGAAAUUGAAGGGAAAAGGCAGCAAAUGAAGUCUGAAUUGGAGGCAUCUGAGGUUGAAAAUGGGAGACUGAAGUUCAAAAUGGAGGAAUGUGAGGCUGAAAAUGGGAGAUUGGAGUUCAAACUGGAGGAAUUUGAGGCUGAAAAUGGGAGAUUAAAGUCCAACCUGGAGGCAUUUCAGGCUGAAAAUGGGAGAUUAACGUCCAAACUGGGGGCAUUUGAGGCUGAAAAUGGGAGAUUAAGAUCCAAACUGGAGGCAUUUGAGGCUGAAAAUGGGAGAUUAAGGUCCAAACUGGAGGAAUUUGAUGCUGAAAAUGGGAGAUUCAAGUCCAAACUGGAGGCAUCUGAGGCCGAAAAUGGGAGUUUGAAGGCCGAAAAUGGGAGAUUGAAGUCCGAACUGGAGGCAUCUAAGACUGAAAAUGAGAUAUUGAAGUCCAAACUGGAGACUAAUUUUGGAAGUAAACUGUGGGAUGAAAUCGACUCUCUAAAAGGCAACGUUGCCUGUUUGGAUCAAAGGACGCAAACUCAAUAUGCCUGUUUGGAUCACAGGAUGCAAACUCAGUCAACAGAACUGGCUGAGCUCCAAAAUAAAUUUGAUAAAUUGGAGUUAAAGCAACAAAAUUGGAGAACAAAAAAGAAGAGCGGAAUGUCCUCAACCGAAGAGUUUGUGGCGCAGAUUCAAGAGAAUGAUUCUGUUGAUGCAGCACAAAAUAUUCCUAUAAUUAGCGCAGCCAAAGAAGCAGAGUUUGCCAGAGAAGAAGGGAUCAAUCAAGCACAUCUAAAUUGGCAAAGUCAAAAAUGGAAGGUAAAGAUCUCUGUCUCUUUUAGCAUUUCGGGAAAAUAGUGGUUAAAAGUAAAAAGUUGCUUUAUGAAACUUUUUUUAAUAUGUUAGCAGACUGACCUCUAAUAACUAACUGCUAUUUUAAAUUAAAAAUCUUACUAAACAGAAAAUGGUUAGCAGUUACUAAAAGUGGUAUUUAUCAAAUAUUAUUAUGCAGUGAUUUAGACGAAACUAUAAUCACUAACCCAAAAUUGCUAUAGCAAACAACACCUUCACUUGGACUCCAUGCGUUUAGUUUACUUCUGUUUAUAUGUAGUAUUUUCAUGAAAUGAUGCAGAUACUUGAGGCUGAAGUAGAAACGUUGGAGCGUUGGGGAAGGCUGGGCAAAUUUAAUCGAACCGAUUGGUUAACUGAGUAGGAAACCGAAACUUGAAAAGUGGAUUGGUUAAAUGGUUUUCGGGUUAAGAAGUUUGGGUUCGGUCCGAAACCCAAAAAAUGCAGUUUGGUUUCCGGUGGGCUGGGGCAAACCGGAAAACCGCAGUAGGCCCACCGAAAAGCUGAAUUUUAUUGCUUAAGAAAAUAUUUAUCUAUUUGCUCAACCUUCUCUUUUAAGCAACACAUGUAGAGGCAGUGGCAACAGUCACUCACGGUGCACUUCCCCUUCCCCUGAGCUGGAUUCGACUCAGCCCCUUGUAAAAACUUAUUCAAAAAAAAAAAAAAAAAGCAACACAUGUAGAGGUAAAAUUUUCCUAUUUUGAUGUUUGCCCUGCUGGGUUUUGGAUGUUCCUGUAUAUGGAUAUUAUGGUAUGUGAAUUCCCUAGACCUUAAUGUACUGCCUUUUAUUUAUUGACUAUCAUCUAUUUCGCCCAAAAAGAAAAAAAAAUACAUGUAAAGGUCACUU